UUCAGCCUUUAAGAGACCUAGCUUAAACUUUUAGCUACAUUUAAAAUAUAUGUUUCUUUGUUUACCAAGUUGUGCCAAGACGCUAUAAAAUGUUUUUUUUCUACCUGUGGAUAUCUACAGUGAACCUUUUUGAACACAUGCAUGGCUCCUUUUUGACGAAGCUCAAAAAACUCCGCGGGGAAGUUCCCUAGGAAAUCCCCGGUUCGGGGGAUAUUAUUCUCUGAUGAGCCAAAUUUGAGACAAUUGACGACGUUGGUCUUUUUCUAAAGACACGGGGCUCGAGGCAGAGGCGUCAAAUGCUGGAUUUUUAAGAGACUGGUGCGUCUGUCAAAGUCUACAAAACCCGCAAUGGAUAACGUCAGUAUAAACACCACGGAUAACGACAUGCUCAGAGACAAAAUGCGGAGUUACAGCGUGCUUAAUACUCUGUAUCAUGAGACGCGGCAGGAAAUAGACCUUCUGAACAGACAGAUCUCUGUAAAGGACGGUGUUAUUGCAGAUUUAAAAGCCAGGCUGGGGAGACACGAGAGGCUCUACAUGACGGUGGGAGAUAAGGAGUCUGUGCUCAUCAGUCCGUCCAACUCUUUGGUGGAGAGUUUACUCAAUGAAAUAUGCAAACUAAAACAGAAGAAGAACGAAGGGGACUUGAAGGCAGCCCGACAAGCUGAGGAGAUCCAGAGGCUGAACACUCAGCUCAGGGAGAAAGAGCUGGAGCUGGAGACCAUCAGAUGUCAGCCGGACCACGAGAAGGACCGGGAGAUCCAAAGGCUACGGGUAGCCUUGCAGGAGAGGGAGCAGGCUGAGGCCACCAGAAGUGUCCUCUGUACCUCCCUGGCCGAGGAGGCCGACCAGCUACGCAGGCAGCUCGGUGCAACUGUUAAGGUGUGCCAGGAGCUGAUGGCGAGACUGGAGAAAGACAAAAGGGGAGGAGGAGAAGUGGAAGAUGUGGCCCUUAUGCAAAAGAAUGCAGAGGUGCCAGAGUCCUCUGAGAUGGGUAGUGUUAAUGCCCAAAUCCGUCAGCUUCAGGAGGAGAAUCAACAGCUAAAGCAGCGUGUGGCAUACGUACAAAGCCUGAAUACUCAGUGGCAGAAGUAUGACUCCAGCAGGGAGGACUAUAUAAGAGGUUUAUGUCAGAGGCUGAAGGACAGCACCGGGCAGGGCUUGAUGCCUGCGAUGGGCUCCACCAACACUGGAUUGCUUCAUCAGGAGAUUUCCAGGCUCAACGGCUUACUGGAGGAGAAAAUGAGGGAGUGUGCACGGCUUGCUAGAGAAAUGGAUGACAUCAGAAGACAAGACAAGGAGCAAAUUCAGACACUUGAGCAACAGGUUCUUAUCUACACUGAUGACUUUAAGUCAGAGCGUGCGGACAGGGAGCGAGCGCAGGGCCAGAUUGAUGCCCUGAAGGAGCAGGUUUCUCAGCUAAAACAGCAGCUGCACAAACAGCAGGGAGCUAGCAGAGAGAGCAGAGACGUGGUUCCCUUGUGUCACGUGCACAUAGGACACAGGAUCUCCUCAAAGCGAAGUAAGGACACGUCAGAGCCUCUGUUGAGGACCACUGCUGAGAGGCGGCAGCAGCACCAGCAGCACCAGCAACCUGCGGCUGCGGCGGCAACCCCAAACUCUGCCUGGAACGAACACCCAGGCAUGUCAGAGUUGCAGUGCCCGCAGUGCCUCGCCACGUUCAGCGACACAAAAGCUGCAGAGUACCUGAACCACUGCUUAGAGUGUGCCCGAGUGUAAAUGGAAGAACACUGAUUUGGAAAUAACAGUCAUUUCUUACUGACAGUAACUGAACACUGAAGACCAGCACUACACUGCAGAAAAUACCCCGAGUGGAGAUUCCAAUUCUGAGAAGCUUGACUACAAAUCAAACAACUGACUUACCUUUUUUUCUUUUUUUUGUACAUAAAGAAACAAAUCUGUACAAUUGGCGCAUAUAUAUAUAUAUAUUAGUUUUUAUCCGAUGUCAGGUUCUAAGAGUACUCCUGUGGCAUUGCGGGAGAUUAUUGUGGUGGGGAAGAGGAUUACUGAUGCAAUAUAUAUGGAAUAUAAUAUACCUCAGUGUCAAAUUACAAACCUGUUGCACUUUUUUGACAUUUAGUUUAAAACUUAAUCGUGGAGUCGUACGAUGAAAGAGAUUCACGAUGCAUAAGCUUCUUAUUUUGCAUCUAGAUGAUAAUGUGGUGCUAUUGAACUUAACAUGUUUCUAUUUUGUAAAGUAUAUAUUAAUAACAGAUUUACAACUAUGUAACUAUUCAUAUUUAUUCUUAUUGUUUAAAUGGCAAAUCAUUUUAUUGCAAUAUUUGGUUGCCUUCCCCCACCCCGCCAAAGCCAUUAAAUAUAUAUAUUUUUGGUAAAAGUUUGGGAUAAAAAAACAACAACAAAAAAACGUGGUUGAACCAGAAACAAUGUUGGAGAUCAAAUUUUGAUCGACUUGUGUAAAGAUUGCAUCUCAACUGGCAGUAUGCUUAUUUGUGGAGAUGUGUUGUUUCUGUGGCGGCAGUACCUUAUUUUUGUAAUAAAAGACAGUUUACCCACA